CUGUGGCCUCCCUCCUCUCCCACCCGCCAUCUCCUCGAGCUAUUAGUACCCGCCACGCCACCGUCCCCCACUCGCCGCCUGCCUCCCCGGACUCCUCGCCACCUUCCUCCACCCACCUUCUGCACCGAGCCCACGACGGCUCGGAUACCGCCGCCGGCGCCGCCUCUCCCGGAGCAGUGAAGCUACACUAGGUGCCAUGGGCCUCGCGCCGAGGGAGCCCAUGAAGCAGCGGGUGAACCGCUGCCUGCUGCGGCUCUCGGACCGCGACACGGAGGCGAUGGCGGCCGCGGAGCUGGACGCGAUCGCGCGCGAGCUGGACGCCGACGAGCUGCCGGUGUUCGUGGCCGCGGUCUCCGACGCGCGGCCCACCGACAGGACGCCGCUGCGACGGCACUCGCUCCGGCUGCUCGCGCUCGUCGCCGGCGAGCACCCGCGGGAAGCCGUCGCGCCGCUCGUGCCCAAGCUCGUGGCCGCCGCGCUGCGGCGCGUCAGGGACCCGGACUCCUCCGUGCGCGCCGCGCUCGUCGACGCGGCCCGCGCCGCGGCGGGGGCCGCGCAGGCCCCGCCCGCGGCGCUCGGCCCGCUCACCGACGCGCUGCUUCACGAGCAGGAGCAGUGCGCGCAGCUGGCCGCCGCGCUCGCCGCGGCCGCGGCCGUCGAGGCCUCCGAGCCCACCGACGACCUCGCCGCCUACCUCCGGGCGCUCCUCCCUCGCCUUCUCAAGCUCCUUCGCAGCGCCGCGUUCAAGGCCAAGCCAGCGCUCAUCUCCCUCAUCGGCACUGCCUCGGCCGCAUCCGGCGGCGGAGCCGCCUCCACCGCUGUGCCCAGCCUUCGCGACGCGCUCACCGGCGAUGACUGGGCCGCGAGGAAGGCUGCCGCCGAGGCGCUCGCGUUGUUGGCCCUCGAGCACGGAGACGACCUCAUCUCCCACAAAUCUUCCUGCAUUACCGUAUUCGAAGCCAAGAGAUUUGAUAAGGUAAAAAUUGUGCGCGAGUCCAUGAAUCGGAUGAUCGAGGCGUGGAAAGAGAUCCCAGACAUGGAUGAGGAGGUCUGCUCCUCCGACAUGCCACCAUCGUCCCAGGCUAGAUCUUCUCUCUCAGAGACUGUAAGUGAUGGCCGAUACCCCACUGAUUCCAUGGGCUCCAAUUCUGCCCCUUCAAUUUCAAGGAGAAACUCGUGGCCGACUAACAGGCAGCCUCCACCGGAUUCAUUGCACAAUGCCAGCAACAGAAAAGCAAGCCCUCCUUCCACCAUAAGCAAGAAAAAUUUGCCUCCGUCCCACCCCAGCGCUGACCAAGCCAAGAACUAUGAGGAAAAGGUUGAUGUAACUGUCACUCCAGAUGCAACACCAAUCAAAAUGGUGACCGAGGAGAAGCUCCUGAAAGAAGGCAAUGUCAGGGAGAGGCUCGAAGCACGGAGGGUGCUGUUUCAGAAGACUGGUGAGAAGGGUUACAAGAAGUUGGUUGGUCCCAAGUCAGGUUCUAGAGUUGUUCCGUACAAUGGGGAUGGUGAUUUGGAAGAGACCGCAGGGAACCAGGAUGCGCCUGAGGAAUUUCAAUCAGCUCACAAAGAUGAGGACCUGUCGAAGAUCAGGAUGCAGCUGGUUCAGAUUGAGAAUCAGCAGGCCAGUUUGCUCAAUCUUCUCCAGAAAUUCAUGGGGAGCUCCCAGAAUGGGAUACGUUCCUUGGAGACGAGGGUGAAUGGGCUCGAGAUGGUAUUGGACGAAAUCUCCCGUGAUUUGGCUGCCUCUUCAGGAAGGAUUCCAAACAGCGAACCUGACACCAAUGCGUGCUGCAUUCUGAGCCCAAAAUUCUGGAGAAGACAUGAUGGAGGUAGAUACACUUCGAGGUACUCCAUCUCAGAUGCACCAGACUACUCUGAGGAGAGCAAAGCUUCUUACAAGUGGGAGAGGCAAAAGUUUGGAGGUCAGGGGGGCGGAUUGGUCACCAACCCCUUGGCAGGGCCAAACACUUCUUCUGUAAGAAGCACAAGUAUUAUCCAGGAAGGGAGAAGACGAGACUCAGCUCAAUACAUGUCAAGGUUGGGUUAGGCGCAACAAAUCGGUUCAUGUGAAGUAAGAACUACUUGCAUCAGCAAGACAGCGGAGCGUUUGAAGAUCCCACUAUUGGCGCAUUUUCAGAGGCAUUUUCUUUUCUCCGAGCUUAGAGAUGAGAUUAUACGAAUUUGUGAGGUUUAUUCAUGAAUCAUGAGUUGCCUAGGGUUCAGACCCCAGAUAACAGCCUAAACUCUAAAGCAAGACCCUCACCGCGAGCUGGAUAAUCAUGCAACGGACAUGAAUUGCUGGUGGAGAUUUGCUUGAGGGUAGAAUGCAUAUGUGGAGUUUAGCAUUAGCAAUGAGAAAGUUCUAUGUUCAGUAUCCUUCCGGAGCAGUUCCUUGCAAGUUGCAAGGACAUGUAGUCAUGGAUGUAUCUUGUACUGCUUGUAAAUAGUUUGGAUACAGUCAUGUGCUUGCGAGAUGUUGUCACGAA